AUUGGGUGGAACAAGAACUGGAUUCCUGAAAGGUGGAGACUUUUGCGAGGGCCAGGCCCUGAGCACUGGUUCAUUGUACCCAUCUCAUGGUGAUAGAGCAAUAACUAUAUAAUAAGACAGGCCCUUGCCUUACCUCCAUGUUUCCCCCCCACCCCAAAUUUUUUGUUCCAAAAAUGUAACAGUUGCUCCUGCCCAAUGUAAGAAAAUGCUCUGUAACUGUUUGAACUUUGUGACCUCAGGAAUGUUCCAUUAGCCCCACCCCUCAGGAAUGUUCCAUUAGCCCCACCCCUCUCAUGAAUGUUCUGUAACUCUGCCCCACCUGCUUCAGUGAACAUGCUCUCCUACCUAGUAGACCCCUAUAUAAGGAGGCUCCUGUUUCUAGUCAAGCGCUCAUACUUCGAGAAUGAUCUCCUCUGAGCCUGCUGGUGUAAUAAAAGUUUUUCUCCACCUGUUUGAGUGACCAUUGGAUUCUUGAGUCUUCAAAUUUUGCAUCCAGUGCAAAUGAAGGGGAAGAAAAGCAGAAGGAAGAGGACAGCUGCUCUCCUACACUACCAGAUUUACCAGAAAUUGAAUAAGAAGAUAAUUCCCCUUCUGAAAAGCUUGCAGAGGCUGCUCCCUGGCCAAGGAUGCUCUCAACAUCCUGCAUACCAACACUACCCUGCUGAUGCAGGUACCAGAGCACCUGUCACAGCCCCACAGCCCGAUGGGGAGAAAGCAGACCCUGCUGCCCUGUCCCUGGUAGAGGCGGCCCCCUCUCCUCUCACUCCACACCUUCCUCCUCUGCCCUCCUCUCCAUCCGCAGGCCCAUCAACAACCUCCUCCGAUUUUGUGCGUUCACCCACACCCCUCACUGCUUCUCAGUCCCCAGAGCCCCUGAUUCCCCUGGGAAGACUUGCACCCCAGCCACUUUCCCUUCCCCCACCAUGUCCCCCCGAUCGUGCCACAACCCCACCUCCCUGCUGGGACACAAACGAGAAGCCAGAACAGCAGCUCAGUCCUCAGCAACCCUCAUGUCCCAAGAUCCUAGGGGCCCACUUUGGGCAGAAAUGGAUCCAGCUUUUCUGGGGUCUGCCCUCUCUGCACAGUGAAUCCAUAACAGCUGCUGCCGGGAUCUCUCAGAACCCUCCCAUUCCACACCUUCCCACCUUCUUAUUCAACAGAACCUCACAUGUUUGCCCAGUUCAUGUGCCAGAUCAAAUGUUCCCGCUGCAUUCCCAGGCCCAGGAUCCAUCCUGUCUGGAGCCCCGAUCCCCACCCCAACCCCAGCCCCCAGCUCUGGGUCAGGCCCAGACUCAGACCCACCCACAAUCCUCUCCCCCGAUCCUGUUAGCACCCUCCCUGCCCUUCAGUAGGGGCUGUGGAGUAUCCUGUUCUACAUCCCAUAACCCACAGUCACUCAUUGCAACUGAAACUCAACACUCAGGAAGCCCCUUGUCGAAGAAACACCUAGAACAUGGACGGGCUAUUCCCUCAGCAGUCCGAAGCCCUCAGGAGGGUUACUGUCCCUCCUCUCCCAACCUUUGCCAAAGCAAGGGUGCUGCUGCCAUCCUUUGUGAGAGUUUUCCAAUCAGCUCUGAGCUCUGGGGAAAAAAAGAGCAACACAUUCAAAAGUGGCACGUUCGACACCAGCGAGACCUGCCCUGCAGGAUCCAGGAGUCUCCAGAACUCACACAGCCUCAGUGUGACUUAGCUCAUUCACCUCAGGUAAAGGACAAACCCGGGCUCUCACAUUCGUCUGUGUCUACAGGCAAACCCAGCGAGGAUGUGAAGAAGGUGAGGUUACAGCUAAGGAGAGACUCACGCAAGAUUUCAGGGCAUAUUCUAGGCAAGGGCCCCAAAGAUCUCUCCAGGGCCCUAGGAAGCUCCCCAGGGAAGGUUCUGGGGGCGACCUCUGAGGAGUCAGAGAGAAACCUGAUGUGGCCCAUAGACAGUGACACAAGAAAUGACUCAUUUGGAAGCAGAGAUAAGACACGUCUAGAAGCCGUGCUGAAAGCACAUUUGGAUGUGAAGGUGGCGCAGAUCCAUGAGGGGCUGAUCCCUCUGAGAGUGCGCCGGUCCUGGCUCGUUGUCAAUGGUGUCGUUGCCACGUCUCACACCCACAUGGGAACCAGAACUCCAGCAUCCUCCAGGAGUCAGGGAACCCUUGUGAGCACUAUCCAGAAGUUUUUCUCCAAUCCACACACUCAGCAGGACCUGGAGAUGCAGAGUACAAGGCGUAGGGUGAGGCACAGGUGGGGCCUCCCCCUCAAGCUCCUCAAGGCCGUAAAUGCCUUUAAGUCUACAAAGGCUGCGCCCUCACCCUUUCCACAGUGUGCCCGUCCCUCCUCCUCUGGCAAUGUGUCCUGGGCUGACUUGACAGUGGAGGAUGAGGCCAAGUUCCUGGGAAAACCACCUCAGGGAUGUCCGGGAGAGGAGGCGACAGUCAGGCAGUCUGUCCACACACUGGGCAGUCUCCUUGUCUCCUCUAUUUCAUGUAAGGAGACCAAGAGGGCCCUGGCAGGGAUCCCUCUUGGUGAUGGCCGGUGGUCCUCAGAGGGCCCCCUCACUAGACAGGACAGUGCGGGGCCUUCACAGCAACUCACAUCCAGCCUCAUGGGCAGAACCCGUGAGAGCAGGACCACCCAAAGGGUUGGCAGAGGCAGCCCAGAAGUCCCCAUGGUUCCUGGAACGUGUGUCACCCAAGAUGCAGGAGAGCCAGGCCUUUGGGCAUACACUGGGAGCAAGUUUCAGCACGGAGAGGAAACCAAGUCAGUGAGCCAUUGUCAAGUCUGUGUCACAGGUGUCCACCUUCCAGACUGUCCCACUGACACUCUCUGUGCUUCACACCGUUUGGCAUCUCCAGAGUCCCAGUGGCACCAUCACAGCAUGCCUCUAGGGGACAUGCCAGCUCCACAACUGUUUGGUGAUCUAAUGGCAGACAGAGGGAGCAGCCUGGGGCAGCAGAAGCCCCAGAUCCAGAAACUUCAGCACUCACCGAAGAGCCAAAGCAAGACAUCUGUCCCUGCUGACAAGCAUGAGGUUGGUAGGAGCCCCAGCUCAGAAAAACAUGAAGACAGGUUGGGAGACUUGGAGACCUCUGAGCCCAUCCAGGAUGGGGGAAUAGAAGACACCUUAGAGAGUAAACACCUUCAGCUCCCACAAAAGAAACCAGUCCCCUCAGAAGGCUACUUCCAAAGAAGCAUGAAGAAAUGUCUACAGUGGGUUUUACCUAAGAAAGAAAUCAAAGGGCAGGAAGACACCCAGAAAAAAGGCAAGCCUGCACCUGCCAAGGCCCAGAGUCAGAGACCAGCCAAAAACAGACCUCGUGUGGACCACAACACGGAUGAGACUCAGCGGCUCAUGACAGCACUUGGGCAGAUGGUAGAAGCCACAAUAAUGCUUAAGCACGAACUUUGUGCCUUCAAGUUCAAUCAGCACAAAGAAGAAGAAGGUCACGCCCCAAUCUCCCAGGUUCCCUGCUCCUCAGAGCACAGGAGAAAGCCAGGACAUGCAGCCACCCACAAGUGCCACAGCUGUCCUACCAGGGAGAGGCACACCCGUGCCCAAGAGUCCUUGAAAACUGGACAGCUCAACAGUGAGCAGCAGGGCCAGAGGCAUCCCCACCCCUCCUUCCCCAUCAAGGCUGUGUCCCCAGUCAGGCCCUCCCAGUGUGGCCCAACAGUGUCCAGGGCACCAGGCCAACAACGUUAUUGCCCAAGGCAUGGUCCUUUUUAGGGAGGUGUCUUCACUGGACAACAGAGAAAUUUCUCUCCAGUCUUUCUUAGUAGGAAAACACAUGUCCAAGAAAAAUAUUAGUGAUGUAAAGGAAAAUGAUUUUUCUCAUUAUGCAUCCAAGAUAUUUACUGUACCCCAAAACACUUAUGUUUCCUCCUAAGAGAAAUGGCUUCUGUGUGCUCUGUGCUUGGUGUGGGCUCUGGGGUCUAGAAGGGAGCAGUGUGGUGGAGGUGACAGAGGGGUGCAAGCCAACCUUCACCCUUAGUUCCUGCACUGAUCGCCACUUCCACCAUUACACAAACAAAAUCCCUAAAAACAAGCCACGGAAAAUCAAUGAUGACCCCCCACCCCUGGGAUCGGGUCCAACCCAUCUUUCCAUUGCUCCCCUACAUUAAGGCAGUGGUAGGACCAGAGGCACAGGGACACUUUAGGCUGAAAAUUCCCCCACAGUUUCCACAAGGGUCAGAGCCAUGCAGAUCCACU